UCUUUUUCCUGAAAUGAAAAUUUUAUAUUUAAGAGGAUUUUUUUUUUGUGUGCAUGAAUGCAGGAGCUGCUGCUGUUCUUCCCAAAGUAGAAUCAGAAUUAAUGAGAAUUUCCAAUGAAGUGAUUGACAAGGCUAAGGAGAUCUGUGUUGCUAAUUCGGUGAUUGAUGUUGCUUACGAGGUAGUGCAAGGGGAUCCAAGGAAUGUUCUCUGUGAUGCUGUGGAAAGAUAUCAUGCAGAUGUGCUUGUUGUGGGAAGCCAUGGCUAUGGAGUUGUAAAAAGGACUGUGCUAGGAAGUGUGAGCGACUACUGUGCUCACCAUGCACACUGCACUGUGAUGAUAAUGAAGAAACCCAAGCACAAGAACUGAUCUUUUUCAUAGUGAUGAUGAACUGAGUUCCUACAAUUUUAACUGAUUGUUCUACUUGAAGAAUACUUGAAGAAUAUAGAAACUAUCUUGUUUUCAAAUAAUGUAAAUCUAGUUUCUCCAGUAUCUUAUGUUAUAUCAAAAUAAUAUGAAAUGCUUGGAUUUAUCCAAGCAUUUCUGCAUGGAAUGUUUAGGGUAUGUUUGUUACUUAAAUUUUAGUUGUGUUUAAGUUGUUUUCAUUGUGCUAUGUGAAAUAAAAUCAUCAUAAUGCUUCAUAA